GAACUGGACUGGCGUGACGUCACGAUGGAAGCUGAGCAAAUUGUAGGCUACCCUACAUCGUUCCUGAACCUGCGCUGGCUGCUCAAUGAUGAGAUUGCGAAUACCGCUAUACAUUUGAGAAAAUUGGUCGGCACCAAUCAUCCUCUGCUCAAGUCAGCCAAAAAUUUGUUGAUCGGUUCCAAAAGUAACCUUCAAUCCGUUGGUCUGGUCAUUCUCCUGGUGUCCAAGGCCGCCGGCUUCGACAGUAGUCGGUAUACUGGCGAUUAUCAUGACUCCGGUGUUCUACACUCUCAACGAGCACUUGCCGAAAUAGUGGAAAUGAAAAGAACGGGGCAUUUGAUACAUAAGACGAUGGCUAAUCUUCAGGAUAAAGAAAAAAGUGGAGAGAAGUAUAAGGACUUGCUGUAUGGGAACAAGAUUGUGUUGCUAACUGGCGAUUACCUCCUAGCUAAGUGUUUGCAGCAUCUCGGUGGAUUGAGAAACAAUGAAGUAACUGAGCUCAUCUCGACCGGUUUAAGAGAUCUGGUGGAAGGCGACUUUAUUGGGGAUCACGAUGAUGAACAUAAACCCUUGCCGAGCAAACCUAAAGCAACCAAUGAAGUAACCAGCAACUACCUUUGGGAGAACGAAGAUAACUUAGCCAAACUGGGAUCCAACACGUUUCUGGGUCAAGGCAAAGACGAAUGGCUCUUACGGACUAUGCUCACAUCUGGCAGUUUACUCGGCAAGGGUUGCCAGGGCGCUAUGAAACUCGCGUUCAAGGGGGAACAGUUCGAGAGAGACGCAUACAAGCUGGGAGGACAUUUAGCCAUCAUGUGGCAACUCUAUCUCGACAUUAAGGACUUCUUUACACACCCAUAUUCAUACUCCUUGGUUGGCGCGCCAGUAAUAAUAGCUAUGUGGGAGUAUCCCUCGCUCUAUGGCCAUAUAUGGUCCGCUGCAAUAGAGAAACGGCCCAUAGAGUACAAGCAGUUGUAUUACGCGGUAAGAGGCACCAGAUCUAUGGAUUAUAUUUCAAAAUUUCUAGACGAAGAACUAGCGGCCGUUCUGAAAUAUAGUGAUAAAUUUCCCGUUGAAGACGCGAGGUUGGCUCUCCAAAAAAUGGCGUUGACUAUACACGGUGAAACGUUGCAAUAUAUGGAGAAAUAAUG